AUGGUCGUGAAUCACUCCUCAUUAAAAAAUUAUGACAACCCUCAAGAAAACCGUACUUCUCCAAAAAAGAAAAAAACGUUCGAUAGUUUGAACGCUCAGAAAGAAGCUUUUGAUAAUUUGGAAGCUCAGAAAGAAGCAUACGGCAUAAUGAAGGAAUUGCAAACUGAGCGCAAAACACGAGAUAAUUUUUCUGUUUUUGGGGAGUAUAUUGUUUGUAGAUUGCGCAAUUUACAGGAUCCACUUACUAUUUCUACAGUGCAAAACCAAAUUCAUAAUAUUAUAUUCCAAGCUGAAAUGAAUUUAUACAGCGGCGGCGCAAAUAGAAUUGGUUCAUACAGCGGCAGCGCCAAUACAGUUGGUUCAAACAGCGGCAGCGCAAGUACAAGUUUCGACAGAGGCUACUAUACAAGUUCUUUUCUAAACAAUAGUUCUGGUCGAGCAGAUUUACCACAUACGGACACAUUCUUCACAGUUUUCGGAAGACCU